AUGGGAGAGAUCCGGUUGAAGUUAACUGAUAGGAUGUCUAUGUCGAUUGUAAUUGCGAUAGAUACACGAAGAACGAUUGGAGAACUCAAGGAGGAGAUGUGUAAGAGAAUUGGAAAGCCAAAGGAGCAAGUUAUGCUUGUUAAAUGCAAAAGGGAAUUAGUGGAUGCAAUUGAUAUUGAUACUUACGAGCUAAGGAAUGGAGAAUGUGUUGAAGUAGAGUACAGAUGA